UUCCUCCAGCAGUACCACCACUACCAGUCCCAUGUGGAGAUCUUCUCCUUCCAGCCGGACAAGCCCAGUAAGGAGCUGGCGGAGCUGGUCAUGUUCCUGGCACAGGUUGCCCACUGCUACCCAGAACACAUGGCCAACUUUCCCCAGCAGCUGAAGGAGCUGCUCUCCUACCACCAUACUGUCCUGGAUGUAGACCUGCGCAUGACCUUCUGUAAGGCAUUGAUCUUGUUAAGAAACAAAAACCUAAUAAAUCCAACAAGUUUGCUGGAGCUCUUCUUUCAGUUGCUGAGGUGUCAUGAUAAGCUACUACGAAAAACUUUAUAUACUCACAUCGUGUCGGACAUCAAGAAUGUCAAUGCUAAGCACAAAAAUAAUAAAGUAAACACAACACUGCAGAAUUUCAUGUAUACGAUGUUGAGAGACAGCAAUCCCACUGCUGCCAAGAUAUCUCUAGAUGUGAUGAUAGAACUGUACAGAAGGAAUAUUUGGAACGAUGCCAAAACAGUAAACGUCAUCACAACUGCCUGCUUUUCCAAAGUGACAAAGGUGUUAGUUGCUGCUUUGAAGUUCUUCCUUGGGAAGGAUGAAGACGAGAAACAAGACAGCGAAUCGGAAUCUGAGGACGAUGUUCCCACAGCCAGAGAUCUGAUGGUACGGUAUGCAACUAACAAGAAAACUACCAAGCGAAAGAAAAAACUGGAAAAAGCGAUGAAGGUUCUCAAGAAACACAAGAAGAAGAGCAAGCCAGAGGUGUUCAAUUUCUCUGCUAUUCACUUGAUUCAUGAUCCCCAAGACUUUGCAGAGAAACUGCUGAAACAGCUGGAGAACUGUAAGGAGCGAUUUGAAGUGAAGAUGAUGCUCAUGGACCUCAUAUCUAGGCUAGUUGGAAUACAUGAGCUUUUCCUUUUUAACUUUUACCCCUUCGUUCAGAGAUUCCUACAGCCCCAUCAGAGAGAAGUGACAAAGAUUCUUCUGUUUGCUGCACAGGCUGCGCAUCAGCUUGUGCCACCUGAGAUUAUCCAGUCAGUGUUAAUGACCAUUGCCAACAACUUCGUCACCGACAAGAAUUCUGGGGAGGUCAUGACCGUAGGAAUCAACGCGAUAAAAGAAAUCACUGCGAGAUGUCCCUUAGCCAUGACGGAAGAUCUGCUCCAAGACCUUGUUCAGUACAAGACUCACAAAAACACAAAUGUGAUGAUGUCUGCAAGAACUCUGAUACACCUUUUCCGUUCUCUGAAUCCAGAGAUGCUGCAGAAGAAAUUCAGG